AUGUAUCUACGGGCCCUACUGAUGUUUUCACUUAUGGGCCUUGCAGAAGCUUCAAAUCGUUUUUCGGAGCCAGAUUUUAAAUCUGCUAAUUUCGCAAAGGCGAUAAACGAUCAAAAACUCAACGGGAGUGUCCUCAGAGACUUUGAAGUAGCAUCUGAAAUAUCUUGUCAGUUUGAAUGUGUCUCUGAAGAUCGAUGUUUGUCAUACAACUUCCUUCCCAUCCACGAUAAGGAGACAAGUAGAUGUCAGCUAAGUGGCUCGGACCGAUUUGUGAGUCAGGUGAAUUUUACAAAAGAGGAUGGAGCAUUAUAUCGAGGAAUACAGGUAACAAAACUGAUGAACUCGAAUGUCCUCGGUUCGUUAAAGUGUCUUUUCUUUUUUUCUUUUCUGAAUUUAUUUCAAACAGGAUGCUGCGAUUUUCAUUACAGUCAGGCUGGUUCUUUCAAGAAUUUAAUAAGAAUGCAUUCUUUGUAAACUAGGAUCGUUCUAUUUCGUGAAUAAAUGAAUAGGAGCUCUUAGAUGAUGCAGCGAUUUUGGUACUGAUUACCUUGCAUGGUGAGUGAGUAAUUACUGGGUUUUGAGGACACAUGCUGGGCUUGGAAAGCUUGAGAAGUUGAAAUGAUUACAACACGAUAAAGCGCUUGAAACUCUGGACUUUUGAUAUAUUUUAUGUAUCUAAGGGGUUUUAUCAAGCUUUAUAAACAACUAUUUAUUAUUAUUUUCAUAUUAAACAAGUUGUUUCACGUCUCAGUUGAGUCAACUGAUUCCAAUACAAUAUCUUCCUAGAGUUAUUGGUGCUGAGAAGCACCUGUUAUGAAGAAGGCAGAAGUUCUCACCAGAGAAGAAACGAGAACUCCUUACUAAGGCAUCAUUUCGUGAAAUGAAUCUACCUUAAGAUGAAUCAUAAUCUAAUUUAAAUUUCCUUUAAAGAGUUAAGGCUGAACAAAUGUUGUUAGAAAUUACACAGAAGAAGCCAACAUAGGAAUAAAUCUUGAAAUAAAGCGGGAUGAUUUCGUUUUAGGACUUUUCAAAACAAAAACUAUUUAUGUUCUGAGUUUCUUUCUUUUAAAAUUUAAUACAUGACCGACAAGAAGUUUUCAGCUAUUAUGGAGAUUCUCAAUGUUUGCUCAAUGUCGGCACGUACGCCAGCGUAUUGUUUUUCCAGAAAAUGUUUAUGUUUUCGCUUUUCUAGGUCACUAAAAUCCAUCAAAAGGGCGAUGAGAAAGGUUCAGACUAUCGUUUUCUUUAGUAAAUAUCAUCAAAAUGAUUUUCUUUAUGGAGCUAAGAUUCCACGAAGGGAGGUGCUCGCCGGUGAUAAUUUGGCUUUGCCUUUGAUUUUCAUUUUGUGAAAAAUUUGUCCUGCCGAUCAUUUAAAAGCCAAAAAAAAAUUGGGGUUGCUGAGGCAGUUUCCUCGCUCUUUGCAAUUUUGUGUUUUCUUCCUCUAUCUCAAAUUUGGUCUUAUGAAUUUUUUUUUUUUUUUUUUUUUUUAUCAAAAGGUAUUAGAAGGGCACAAAUAUGUUUAACGGUCCAGCAAAUCUUGGGAAAUUUCAUCAAGAGACGCGAUCAAUCUUGCUCGAAAGAUCUCUAUGUUCUUUGUCGAAAAACAGUACGUAGUGGAAUAGAACUUCGUAUCUGAGCAUGCGUAAACUUUCAACUCUGUCACGAUCUGUCGCCUCUUGGCAAUCUCUCCCACGGUGUUUUCUUUUCGGUUGACCCCUUUUUCAGGCGUAGAAGGCCUGUAAAUAUUACGGGUGCAGUUUCAGGAAAGCCAAGAUUACAUUACAUAAAAACUGUUAAACUACUUUUAACACACCUUUUCAAAUAACAAUCCCGCGAUAGUAUCGAACCGCCAUACUUGUGGACACUUUUUAAGCUCGCGCUAUGUUUGCACCCAGAUCUCGCGGUCAAAAAACCCUAUGGAGCCUCCUUAAAUGAAAAAAUCCGUCAUCAUCCUUUUGAUAUCUCUUUGUAUAAAGAUUUUCUUUAUUUAUUUUUUAGAGCACCUGCGAGGAAGAUGAUCCUUGCAAGGAGAAUGAAACUUGUGUUGCUAACUACAAAUCAAACACUCAUGUUUGCAAGUGUAUUAGAGGUAAGUGGAGAUCCGCUCGAAGAAAGACAAAAACCAUUCUAGGAGAGGGAUACACUGAAAAUGCCGAGGACAGAUGAAACGGGGAGAUUAGCACAAAUGAGGCAAGCUUACGAAAGAUCAAGUGUGUAACGUCCAUUACAAAAAAAUUUAGAGAGAGAGAGUGAGGGAAAGAGAAUAUAUAAUUUUUGUUCUUGUCAAAGCAUUUUACUUUCGCGUUUAAUUUCUAGAUUGCCCCAAGAACUGUCUAGACUAUUAUCAAAAUGGUUCCAAAACUGACGGUGUGUACAGGGUUUACCCAGAUAAAGAAGAACCCUUUCAAGUGCUGUGUGACAUGACAACUGAUGGUGGAGGAUGGACCACCUUUCAAAGGCGCAUGGAUGGCUCCGUAGACUUUUAUGUCGACUGGAAAUCAUACAAAAAAGGCUUUGGAAAUCUGGAGGGCGAGUUUUGGCUCGGAAACGAUUAUCUUCACCGUCUGACUGCAUCUGCCAGCAUGGUGUUUCGAAUUGAUAUGGAGGAUUAUGAAGGCGACCAAAGAUUUGCAAAGUACAUGACUUUCGCUGUGGCCGACGAAAGCGAUGAUUAUCGGGUGACAAUCGAUGGAUACCGAGGCACCGCUGGCGAUGCAUUGGUUUCCCUUGAUAGGCCCAUCAGGUUUGUUGCAUUGCAGCUUUUUGUAUUUUGCUCUGGGAAUGACCAGUAAUAUAAGGGUAACUUCUGAAAAGCUCCUGCCCAAGAAUUUGGAAAUACGUUGAGGACUGCUGGAAGUCGAGGAUCCCAAUUCUUAAGCUGAUCAGCUUUUUUCUUCUAAUGACAAAUCUAAGCUAAAGUAUUGCAUCAUCGCCGAUCAGAUUUUUCAACUUCCCGUUUAUUGCUAACUAGGAUUGCUUCUUUCAUAAAGAUUUCACGUCAAAUUCAUGUUGACGCUAUUAACCUAAAAAACACGUGUACUUGCUUUACAAUUCCGAUAAUUAUCGGGUGACAAUCGAUGGAUACCGAGGCACCGGAGGCGAUGCAUUGCUAUCUCUCAAUAAGCCUAUCAGGUAUUGGUUCAUAGCAGCUUUCUGUACUUUGCUCUGAGAAUCACCAGUAAUACAAGGGUAAGUUUUGAAAACCUCCUGUCCAAGAAUUUGGAAGUACGUUUAGGAUUGCCGGAUCCCUGCACUUAAGCUGAUCAACUUUUUUCUACAAAUGACAAGACUAAGUUGAAAUAUCACAUUCCGGAUGCAUCAUCGCCGAUCAGAUAUUUCAACUUCCAGUUUAUUGCAAACCAGGAUUGCUCCUUUCAACAUGAUGACAUCAAAUUCAUGUUGAUACUAUUAACUUUAAAAAAAAAAAGCGUACUAGAUUACAAUUCUAUGUUCUCAAACUUUCCUGAUGGGGGAAUCGUUUUAUGUGCACUGCUGACAAUUAGUGCUACUUACAUAUAUCCCACCACACAGUGCCGUCUGCACUUUACCGACUAUGAUAUGCUGUUAGAAGCAUUGCUUCCUCGCUUUUUCUCAGUUUCUUACGGAAUGCCUUUGAUAUCCUAGAAACAUGAGGUUUACAACGAAAGACAAAGAUAACGACGUUAAAAGCAGUGGAAACUGUGCGUUAAACAAUAAGGGUGGCUGGUGGUAUAAUAGCUGCCAUAACGCCAAUCCAAAUGGUUUGUAUAAAGGCGGAGGUAACGCACAAGGUAUUACGUGGGGGUCAUUUCGAGGACAAGGAUAUUCUUUAAAGCACACCGAGAUCAAAAUUCGACCAGCAUGA